AGAGGCAGCCAGGGCCCUGCCGACGUCCGCGGCCGGCCUGGGGGACCACCGUGGCCGCCGCGGGUCCGGGAAAGGAGCCCCAAGGAAAAGUCGUCGCAGGAACUUGGGGCCCGAACUCCCGGGACGCCGAUCUUUCUGGGGCAGAGGGAGGGGAACGCGACCUGUUAGCUCUGGGGAGGCGCUUGAAGCCACUGUCCCCUAACUCUGCCGGCGCCCUCGGCACCUGUCCGGGGCGCCUGGGCCCAGAGCUCCGGGGAAGGCUGUGGUCAGCAUGGUGAAUGAAGGUCUCCAACAGGAGUUGGGCCCGGGCGCCCACGUGCAAGAGCCUGCCUCUUACGAAGACCCCAGCGACUCGGCACAGCCCAGCUUGGCGGAGGAUCCCAGCGCGACUGUCCACGCCAGCGUCUCGGGCCACCCCAGCGUCUCGAUCCACGCCAGCGUCACGGGCCACCCCAGCGUCUCCGCCCACCCCAGCGUGUCCAUCCAGCCCAGCGUCUCGGGUCACCCCAGCAUCUCUGCCUACCCCAGUGCCUUGGCUCGCCCCAGCGGCUUGUCCCACCCCAGUGGCUCCGGCCCUGAAGACCUCAGCGUAAUCAAGGUGAGCCGGCGCCGCUGGGCGGUGGUCCUGGUGUUCAGCUGCUAUUCCAUGUGCAACGCCUUCCAGUGGAUCCAGUACGGCGCCAUCAAUAACAUCUUCAUGAAGUUUUACGGGGUCGGUACUUUAGCCAUCGACUGGCUGUCCAUGUGCUACAUGCUGACCUACAUCCCCCUGCUCCUGCCCGUGGCGUGGCUGCUGGAGAAAUUCGGCCUACGCACCAUUGCCCUCAGCGGCUCGGCUCUCAACUGCCUGGGCGCCUGGGUGAAAUUGGGCAGCCUCCAGCCGCACCUCUUCCCGGUCACUGUGCUGGGCCAGGUCAUCUGCUCCGUGGCUCAGGUCUUCAUCCUGGGCAUGCCCUCCCGAAUCGCUUCCGUUUGGUUCGGGGCUAACGAGGUUUCCACAGCUUGCUCCUUGGCCGUCUUUGGCAACCAGCUUGGAAUUGCCAUCGGGUUCUUGGUCCCUCCAAUUUUGGUACCCAACAUUGAAGACCUGGACAAGCUUGCUUACCACAUCAGCAUUAUGUUCUACAUAAUAGGAGGCGUGGCCACAGUGCUUCUCAUCCUGGUCUUCAUUGUAUUCAAGGAGAAGCCUAAAUAUCCCCCCAGCAGGGCCCAGUCCCUGAGCUAUGCCUUGUCAACCCCUGACGCGACAUACUUAAGCUCCAUCGUCCGGCUCUUCAAAAACCUCAACUUUGUGCUACUUCUCAUCACCUACGGUCUGAAUGCUGGUGCUUUUUAUGCCUUGUCUACUCUGCUGAACCGAAUGGUGACCUUGCACUACCCGGGCCAGUCAUCACACCCGUGGACAGAGUUCUGUGAGAGCACAUGGACUUCCAGCUCCCAGCAGAGGGAUACAGAGCAUGUGCCCAAUCGGCAGACAACCCUGGCGGUUUAUAUCAUGACUCUGGUGGGCAUGGUGGUAUAUACCUUGACCUUGAAUCUGAAACACCUGUGGGUAGUGUUCAUCACAGCUGGCAUAUUGGGCUUCUUUAUGACCGGCUAUCUCCCACUGGGAUUUGAGUUUGCUGUGGAGCUGACGUAUCCCGAGUCAGAAGGCAUGUCCUCAGGACUUCUCAAUGUGUCUGCCCAGGUAUUUGGGCUCAUCUUCACCAUCUCCCAGGGCCAGAUUAUCACCCACUACGGCACCAUGCCAGGGAACAUCUUCUUGUGCGUGUUCCUCACGCUGGGAGCAGCGCUCACUGCGUUCAUCAGGCCAGACCUCCGGAGGCAGAAAGCCAACAGAGAAACUGCUGAGAAUAAACCCCAGGAAGAGGAAGAGGAGCAGCAGGAGGAGAGCAGUACCAGCAAAGCGCAGGCCACCGUGUUCGAGCAUCAUCUCUGAGACAAGGGUGGCAACUCCAGGCCGUGGAGACCCCCCGCCUGGCCAUCCAGGGCAGCUGAGACUCCCGCACCAAGGUCUUCUCCACUGCUUUCAGAGGGAGCGAGCCAGAAUUUGGUGGCUUGGGUGGCGGUGCCCCCUGCCUCCUGGAGCCCCUCAAGUGCUUGAUGGUUUCAUUUGGGAAAUGUGUCCCCUUUCAUCAAAUGCAGACUGUGCCCGCCCCCAUUUGGGCUCUGGGAGCUGGUGUUGGGAGAGGCUGAUUGGGCAAUACUUGUCAAAAUUUGGACUCAGUCUCUUGCCUUUCCUCUUCAGCUCAUCCCUCAAGGGGAAAGCCUGAAACAUUGGCACGGGAAGAAAGCUGAUUUUUCACUUUUUCAAGUGUGUCUUUAAGAUCCUCACAGGAAGUCCAGUUCUAAGACGCGGCAGCUACUGUGGCCGAGGGUACCUCCCGGGUCCUCCAACUUGCGCACUGAGGGUCUGGGGAGGGAAGCAUCCUGGGACCAUCUCCUUGGGUUCUCUCGGCCUCCUGUUGUCCACACCCAACUUCAAUAAACCUUUGCCAUGGUC